AUGACGUCAGUCUCCCUCGCCGGCAGCUGCGUCCCUCCGAGCAGUCUUUCCAUGCAGACGCCCGUCUCGCCACUCCACCAGCCCCUCGGGCCGGCCGCCUCGCUGGCUGGCCUGCAGGCGAGCGUCUCACCGCCCACGCACCUCAGUCUGGCCAAUGGCGUUCUUUCCAGCGCACUAGCCAGUCAGGCGCAGGCACAGGCACACGCGCAGGCACAGGCACACGCGCACGCACAGGCGCAUGCGCAGGCACAGGCGCAGGCGCAGGCGCAUGCGCACGCACAGGCGCACGCGCAGGCACAGGCACAAGCUCAAGCCCAGGCGCAGGCACAAGCUCAGGCGCACGCGCAGGCGCAGGCACAGGCGCAGGCUCAUGCGCAAAUGCACACUCCUCAUCAGAUGACUCAUCUGUCACAGCACCAGCACCAGCACCAGCAUCAGCACCAGCAGCCGUCGCAGGGCCAAGCGCUCACGCAGCAGCUGCACUCGCAAUCGAUCGCCGCCUCGGGCCAGCCGUCGCUCCAUCUGCAGCCACAGCCGGUCGGCUCGACAGGCCUGGCCACGCCGCUGCUCGGCCUGCCUUCGCAGGCGGCGGCUGCGGCUGCGGCGGCCGCCGCGGGGCUGGCCUUUUCAACCAAUCCCAGCGCAGCUGCGGCGGCAGCUGCUGCGGCCGCUGCCGCCGGCUCGCAGAACCCAACUGUCGGCCUCGGUCUCGGUCUUCAGGCGCUGUCCUCGGCCAGCCUGUCCGGCGGCCCGCCGCCGGGACUCACCACCAGCGGCCUCUCCAGCGUCGCCGCCUCGCUGGCGGCCCUGGCGAACGGACAGGCGGCCACGGCGCCUCUCUCGCUCGCCUCUCUCACGCCCUGUCAGUUUCACCCUCCCUCUGUCUGCUUGUCUCUGUCUCUCCUCAUCUCUCUCCCGCUAUUGCUGUCUCUGUCUCUCUUCGCUGGACACGGCCUGAGUUUGGGCUCGCUGGCUUCUGCUGUUCACGGCCUCUCUGCCGAUCCGCUGCCGCAACUCUACUCCAGCAUUCAGCCUUAUGCAAUG